AUGGGUGUUUCGUAUGAUCUAAUGAAGCUCCACGAAAUGGGAUUAAUACACAGAGAUCUGAAAUCGCCCAACAUCCUUCUAGACCAGCGUUUACUUCCUUACAUUUGUGAUUUCGGUAUUGCAAGACAAACAGGAGAUCGAAUGACAAAGGAUAUCGAAAUGGAUUCUCGUCAUUACGAUAAUAAGGUUAAUGUUUAUUCCUACGGUUGUAUUCUCUACGAAAUGCUAGUUCACAAGUAUCCCUAUCAAGAUUGCACGUCAUACAAAGCAGCUGCUAACAUUAUGAGUGGUAAAAGACCUGAAUUACCAAACCAUGAUUCCCAGAUUUGUUCCCUUAUCUCCAAAUGCUGGGCACAGGAUCCAGAGAAAAGGCCCCCAAUGCGUAACAUAUUCAAAGCAUUUUGUAAACUGAAAUUCCAGUUUGAUAAUACACAAGAGAAAGGAAUUCUCGCUUUGAUUAAUAUCAUCUGCAAGAAUGAUUCCAAGUUAGCACCCAAGAUUAAACGAUGGAUGAAUUUAACUAAAGAAUCUAAAACUUCCUCGAAGAAAACAGAUUCGAAGCCAAAAUCAUCACCUCCAAAGGAAACCGAACAACAACCAGAAGUAAAGAAAGACAAGCAUCACCACCAUCAUCACCACGAUAAAGAUAAAGAGAAACAUUAA